GCAGCAGAAUUAGCCCCAAUUUUCACGUUUAUCUUUUUUUUAAACACAUUUUUAAUCUGUUUUGUGGCGUGUCUUACAUUCACACAAUUCCACCUUUCAUGUACUUUUCUUCUUCAAGAGAUCAAGAAAAACAAUUUUCCCCAUUUAUCCUUCUGUGUGUGAUGUCUAGAUCGGCUCAUAAAUUCUGCCCCCGAGAAGGAAAUGUUAGUGACAUCCAGGAAAUUAUGUUCAUUACAAAACCACCGCAGAAGUGGCACGAAGCUGAUUUAAGCUUCUCAGCAGAGUUGGAGAAAGAAGAAAGAAUAAUGUUUUUAAAAAUGAUACUGACUUAUUUUGUGCUGACAGCAGGGCUAUCAGCUGUCAGAGGAGUCACAGCUUCACCGAACAAAGAAAAUCUAGACUCUACAACAGAUUCAGGACAUACAAGUAUCUCUGUAUCCCCUUCUUCAGCAUCUGUACCAUCUUCACCUAGUAUAAGCCUAGCCACAGCCAACAUAUCUACAGAACCCACAACUGUUCCUACACCAUUCUCAACCACAAACACCACAGUUACAAAACCCACGACUGUAUCAUCUACACCAAUCCCAACCAUAAGCAGCACAGUUACAAAACCCACGACUGUAUCAUGUACACCAAUCCCAACCAUAAGCAGCUCAGUUACAAACCCUACAACUGUAUCAUCUACACCAAUCCCAAUCAUAAGCAGCACAGUUACAAAACCCACGACUGUAGCAUCUACACCAAACCCAAUUACAAACAGCACAAUUUCAAAACCCACAUUGACUGUGUCAUCUACAACAAGUCCAACUGCAUCUGAUGUAUCUACAAAUCCCACAGUGACAAACACAAUAACACAUACAUCUACAAUUCCUCUGUUUCCACUGACACUGGCCACUUCCACUGACACUGUCACUGGUUCCGUUACAACAACUUUGUCAAAGACUGAGAUAACAUCAGAAAGCAGCUCAACUAUCAAUUCUUCUUUGACUCCUCUAACAUCCAUGAAAACCUCAACUGCUGUUACAAACUCGACGAUGACAGCAACAAACAUGGGAUCAACAGUACCCAUAACCACAACUCCUACAACAGCUGUGGUGACAGCAACCAUUAAUGCAUCUACUGCUGACAAUACUUUAACAUCGCAUAAAGUAGGUGAAGAAAACACAAUUAACGCUCUCAGUUCAGGACAUGUGAUAGCUAUUGUCAUUGCAGCUAUUGCAAUUAUGCUGUUAAUAUUUGGAGCAGCCUAUCACCUAAAGUUGAGACACCCUUCAUACGGAAGGCUUUUCGAUGACAACGACUACGGAUCAGUGGGAAGCUUCAAUCCCGUCUAUGAGAACUGGUAAUGGAGUCAAGACAUCCAAGGACUUAACUGCAAGCUGCUGUGAUAGAAAAGCAGAUGAAGAGAAAACCACAUAGGCUGCUAAACCUAAACCUUUUUUAUAUUCUUUUAUUUCAUUCAGAUGGAAUCAAACUUGUCUUUUGUUUUUUCUUUACUGUGAAUACAAAAUGAAGCCUUUUUACUGACAGUUGUAUUCACUUUUAAAUACAUUACGGUAUUUUCAACAAUAUGCUACAAUAAUACCCCUAGUGUCCAAUCACAGAUAAGCAAGGUAAAUAACAGAUAACAAGUUUGGUAAAUUUAUAGUAUUUGCAUGCAGAAAAGGAUGAACAAUUGCAAAGUGUCAAAACUAGCAUAAUUUAUUCUAGGAUCAAGAUGCCUUUUAUUCUAGAUUUAUUUGAAUGUAAUUAUAAACUGUUGCCAGUAAAUAUUGCUUUAGUUCUUUAUAAUAGAUUUUGUUCUGAUGAGAAGGGACUUAAAUGGUGAACUCCCUAAUCAGCUUGGUUAUCAUAUUUACAGUCAAUUGUAACUGAUAAUGUCUUUGACUUUAUUUAAAACUAGAUUUAUUAUUCACAAA